AUGUGGACCAAGUUGGCCGCAUUCUUGGCCGUCGCUGGCUCGACGGUGCAGGCAGUCGAGCCUCUCGUCGAUCUUGGCCAUGCCAAAUACAACGGUGUCGACCAAGGCGACGGCGUUACCAAGUGGCUGGGAGUCCGCUACGGCGCCGCUCCCGUGGGAGAUCUGCGUUUCCGCGCGCCUCAGGAUCCGGAGCCCAGCACGGAGUUCGGCCCCAUCUGCCCUCCGCAGCAGCCCACCGAUUUCACCGUGAGCUCCGAUGCGCCGGACCGGUUCACCGUCGAUGAGGACUGCCUCUUCCUUUCCAUCUUUGCGCCUACCGACGCGACGCCUGAGACGAAGUUGCCGGUGCUCUUCUGGAUCCAGGGUGGUGGAUUCACCUCCAACUCCAACGCCAACUACGACGCAACGGAUCUGGUCAAGGAUGGCGGCAUCAUUGUCGUUCAGAUUAACUACCGUGUCGGCAUGUACGGCUUCCUUCAGAGCAAGGAGGUCGAGGCCAACGGAAGCUUCAACAACGGAGUUAAGGACGUGAUCAAGGCCCUUGAAUGGGUGCAGACCAACAUCGAGCAGUUCGGCGGCGACAAGGACCAAGUCGUCAUCGACGGCAUCAGCGCCGGCGGCAGCGUCGUCGCUCUCCUCCUCGCCGCCAACGAGGGCAACCUCAACCUCUUCGCAGGCGGCAUCCUCGAGUCGGGCGGCUGGACGACGAUGCGCGACCUGCAGCAAGGCCAAGACCAAUACGACUGCCUCGCCAAAGAAAAGGGCUGCGCCAACACCACCGACAGCCUCGCCUGCCUGCGCUCCCUCAACGCGUCCGCCAUCCGCUCCUCGCAAUGCUGGUUCGGCCCGCACAUCGACGACGACCUCUUCACCGGCUCGCUCUUCGAAAUGUACUCCCGCGGCGCCGUCGCCACCGUCCCCACCAUCAUGGGCGCCUGCGCCAACGAAGGCACAAAGUACUCCGCCCCCGAGUCCACCAACUCCUCCGCCGACGCCCGCGCCUACUUCCUCGGCAACGACCCCACCCUCACCAACACGUCGCUGCAGAUCCUCGACGCGCUCUACAUCGACCAGCCGGCCCCCGUGUUCCCCGGCAAGGGCAGCAAGUUCCGGCAGGCGGCCAACGCGAUCGCGGACGUCGGCACGCACUGCAUCAUCAAGACGCUGCAGAACGCGCUCGUCGCCAAGGGCGCGACCACGUACACGUACAAGUACGCUGCGCGCGACCCGGAGGACGAGGCUGAGGGCUACGGCGCGUGGCAUGUUGUUAACAACUACGCUGUCUGGGGCCCGAACCGCACCGAUGGCGGUCCGCCGGCCAGCUAUGUGGGUGCGAAUGCGACGAAUGCGCGGGCGAUUGAGUGGACCCGCGCGUACUGGACGAGCUUUGUCAAGAGCCGCGAUCCGAACAGCGAUAGGGCGCGGGGCUCGGUCGAGUGGCAGCCGUGGUCCGGCGAUGAGGGGAGGGAGAGGCUGUUGAUUCAGACGAAUGGGACGAGCAUGGAGAGGAUGACGGAUGCGCAGAGCUUGAGGUGCGAUGCUGUGCAUGAGUUUAGCGAGGCGCUUGGUAGGCCCAGGUCCGGUGCGGAGAAGACGGAGUUGGAUCGCGUGGCUGCGGCGAAGGCGUUGGCUGCGAAGGAUUGUGGGUUCGAUGAUGGCUGCAAAAGGCAGUAA